UGCGUCAACCAAGAUAUCGUCGAUAAGUUACAGCAACUCAAAGAGCUGCACGAAGCUAAACGAGGAACUGAAGAGCGAUGGCGUGUGUACGCCUAUGGCAGAGCCAUAGGCGCUCUCCGUAAGUAUCCCAAGCGCAUCACAUCGUACGCGGAAGCGAGGAAGAUCUCAGGCGUGGGUGAGAAGACGGCCCAGAAGAUCAUGGAAAUCCUUGAUACGGGCGAGUUGAAGCGGAUAGAAACUGAGAACACAGAAGACGUCAAAGUCACAGCCCUUUUCCGGGGCAUUUAUGGCGUCGGGUCGCAAACCGCAUUCCAGUGGUAUGCUGCAGGAUGCAAAACCCUCGAUGAUGUCAGGGCUCGAAAGGGCGGUAUCAAAGUCUCCUCCGUUCAAGAGCUCGGUCUCAAAUAUUAUGAUGGCAAGUCACGCACAAUUCGUACUCCUCCGAGUCUCAUUGCAUUGCGCGGUCCCAUGAUAUCCAGACAUCAACGAUCGUAUGCCCCGCGCUGA